AAUCCAAGAAAGAACAGCGAAGGAAAAACGUGACAAGAAAAGUGUUUUCUCGACUCGAGAUGUUAGAAGGUGCUAAAUCAAUAGGUGCCGGAGCUGCUACAAUUGCUUUAGCCAGAGCUGCUGUCGGUAUUGGAAACGUCCUCAGUUCUUUGAUUCAUUCCGUGGCGAGAAAUCUAUCAUUGUCUAAACAAUCAUUUGGUUAUGCCAUUUUGGGCUUUGCUCUCACCGAAGCUAUUGCAUUGUUUGCCCCAAUGAUGGCCUUUCUGAUCUCAUUUGUUUUCCGAUCGCAUAAAAAGUCAUGA